CCAAACGAAGUCCGAUCGUUCUCAAAUUUUAGUAUGUUGUUCCUCACAUACUCUUCAAAUCCAACGGUCAGAUUCUCAUUUUGAUGCCCGGAAGGCUAUUUUCUGGCUGCGUUUUCAGACCUGCGUUUUUUAGGAGUUUUUACUCCAUUUUUGGUGAAUUGUUGAUUGUUGUUGUUCCAAGGUUGCUCCUUGAUGAUUGUGUAUGCCUCUAGUGUUUACUAGAGAGGAGAACUUGUUGUACCCACUUGAUUCUUGGUGAUUAGUGGAAAUUUGGGAGCCGUUGUUGAGCGGCCGUGGUUUUCUCCCCGAUUUGGGGUUUCCACGUAAAUCGUGUGUUCUUUAUUUUAUUUCCGUUGCUAUCUAUUUGUGGUGGUGACUACUCUAGCCGCUCGUAGCGACCUCGACCUGGGCAAUUCGGCACUCCUAAAUGUUGGUAAGAUUUCCUUUAGUUGAUGGAACUCAUCCCCCUAAUGACCAACCUCCAACUGGUCCUAGGAAAGGAGAGGGAGCUGUUUGAAGCAGAGAGACAUGAGCUGAAGGACAAAUCCAACUGCGAUGUUGGGGUUUCACCUUCUAUCUUCAUGUUGGGUCAUCUCUGGAGUUGUGUUUGCUUAGUUUCGGCCCAAACCUUGGCCCGGGAGUUAUUAAAGCCCAUUAAACCUUGGCAGAUGACCCGAUAUGUCUAUGGAAGACACACUAGGGCUGAGAGGGCAACUCUUUGGAAUACCUUUAGAAGCACUGGCCUUGUUCCCCUUGCCCCUUGGAUCAUUGGUGGUGACUUUAAUUGCAUUCAUAGCAUGGACCAACACAAGGGAAGCUGCAACCCGUGCUAUCAAUCAGUGGAGGAAUUCAGAGAAAGUAUGGAAGCUAGCAAUCUUCUCUACAUUCAACCCUCAGGUGGCCAUUUCUCCUGGAGUGGGAAAAGAAGUAAAGGGAAACUAUGGCGCAGAUUGGACCACAUUUACUCAGAAGAGCCAGUUUGUGCUGACGAUAUGCUGUUUUCUUAUAUCCCAAAUAUCAUUAGCAGCGAAGAGAACAAACUGAUCUGCUCUAUUCCUCUUGAAGAAGAAAUUAGAGGUGCGGUCUGGGACCUCAAUUCAAAUAGUGCACCUGGGCCAGAUGGUUACAAUGGAACUUUUUUCAAAACUUUCUGGCACAUUAUAAGAGAGGAAGUUGUUAGAGCAACUCAGGAAUUCUUCUUGGGCCUGCCAAUACCUAUAUCCUACGGGGCCACCCUUCACACACUGAUUCCUAAGGUGGAAAAUCCUAAAACCCUGGAAGACUUCAGACCAAUAUCACUUUCCACUUUCCUCUCUAAAAUAAACACCAAAAUACUGGCCAACAGAUUGGGUUCUCUUCUCCACAAGCUCAUCAGUCCUGAACAAAGUGGGUUCCAAACAGGUAAAGGGGUGGAUGAAAACAUACUCCUUACCCAAGAUAUGAUCCAUUGUCUGGGCAACAUGUCUGGUAGUGCCAACAUAGCUAUCAAGGUGGAUUUUGCCAAGGCAUUUGACAGAAUCUCCUGGAAAUUUCUGGAGAAAUCCCUCAGCUCCUUUGGUUUCUCCCCCCAAUCCUGUCACUUGCUCUUGUCUACUCUUAAGGCCACCUUCUUCUCCAUCCUCAUUAAUGGAUCACCUCAUGGCUUCUUCAGGAUGAUGAGAGGGGUUAAACAAGGAGACCCCCUCUCCCCCCUCCUCUUCAUUAUUGGAAAUGAAAGCUUAAGCAGGCUGAUCAAGGGUAAGGUGCAGGAGGGUUUCCUCCAAACCAUGUCCACGGGGAGAAGCAGGCCCCCCUCACACCUUGCUUAUGCGGAUGACAUUAUCUUCUUCCUCAAUGGACAUUUCAGAAAUCUCCUCAGAUUCAAAGGGCUCUUAGACUGCUUCCUCAAAGCUUCAGGCCACCACAUCAACCUCAACAAGAGCCACUUCUAUACAGGGUCAAAGGUUAAGCCUGAUAUCAAAGGAAAUAUGCGAAGAGCACUCAAAAUGGAAGAAGGCAAACUUCCAUUCGUGUACCUGGGGGCAACCAUUGGCAAAGGCAAGAUUAAAAAGGAAGAUUGCAAGAAAAUAGUCCUUCACUUUGAUGACUACCUUAACACUUGGCAUAGCAAUGUUCUUAACCAAAUGGGGCGCUUGAUCCUCAUUAAACAUGUAUUAAGCUCUAUCCCUUUACACAUUGUUGCUGUCCAACAAAUGCCAAAGUCAAUCCACAGCUUACUAAAUAAAAAGAUGCAAAAUUUCCUUUGGGGGUACAUAGAUGGAAGGCCAAAGUACCAUUGGAAAUCCUGGCGUAGUUUAUGCUUCCCAAAACAUGAGGGUGGUUUAGGCCUCAGGCACCUGGAGGACAUUGAAGCUGCAUACUCGGCCAAAAUAUGGUGGAAGAUAAGGAACUCUCAUGGCUUAUGGGGAGAUUACAUGAGGAGCAAAUACCGUCCAUCAUCUUUUAAUGAAUGCCCUACUGACACAGUUACCUGGAAGAGAGCUGCACGGAUACAUUCAUGGGCCAUUCAGCAUGUUCACAACACAAAUAACGUUGAGACGUGGGAGGGAGAGCCUUUCACCACCAAGGUCGCAUACCACACUUGGAGGGAGUCUAAACCUACAUCUCUCGUUAGCAAGAUGAUUUGGAACAAACUACAGAUCCCAAAGAUUAGCCUCUUCAUGCGGAAAGCUCUCAACUCAAUUCUCCCAUUCCCGGAAAAUCUGGCCAGAUUUAACCUGGCCAUCCCCUCCCAAUGUAACUUCUGCCGUAAUGGACCCCAGGAGCUCAACCACACUCUUUUCCAAUGCGUGGAGUCUACCAAGAUAUGGAGGUUCUUCUCAGCACUCUUCAACGGUCCUAUUGUUAAUAGGGCUGAUACCCUUAAUGAUACGUGCAUGAAUUGGUGGGUGAGCACGCCAAGGACCAAAAUGCAGGAUAAACUCAAUGGCGUAUUGCCGGGUUUCAUUGCAUGGGGAUUAUGGAAGGCUUACAAUGCAAAAUAGUUUGAGGGAAAGGCCUUUAAAGAAGGGACGAUCAUAGCUUCUACAAUGAAGAUAAUUUAGCAAUGGAUAUGGAUCCACAAGGAGAAGAAAUGGAUGAUCCUGGACGAUCAAAUGAAAAGCUUAGGAUUCU